ACCUGUAGUUAGUACACCUUUAUUCACUGUGGUAGCUGUAGCUGUGAAGACACAUUCCCAUUCUUAGUCCAGCUAUGAAUUAUAUAAAAUGUGUGGUGGUUGGUGAUGGAGCUGUGGGGAAAACAUGUAUCUUGAUGAGUUAUGCACACAAUUCUUUCCCUGGGGAAUAUAUCCCAACCAUUUUUGAUAACUAUGCGGCUAACUUGAUGGUUGAUGGAAAAGCAUUGAACUUGGGCUUAUGGGAUACAGCGGGGCAGGAAGACUAUGACAAACUGAGGCCCCUCUCAUACCCACAAACAGAUGUUUUUGUGAUCUGUUUUUCACUGGUGAGCCCAGCAUCAUAUGAAAAUGUUCAAGGCAAGUGGUAUCCAGAAGUUAAACAGCAUUGCCCUAAUGUUCCUAUUAUUCUAGUUGGAACAAAGCUUGAUCUUCGUGAUGACAAAAAGAUAAUUGAAGGACUUAACAAGGUCAAGCAGUCCCCAAUAUCUUACCCCCAAGGCCUGGUACUAGCCAAACAAAUUGAAGCGGUGAAAUAUAUUGAGUGCUCAGCUCUUACACAAAAAGGUUUAAAGACAGUGUUUGAUGAGGCAAUCCGAGCAGUAUUAACGCCACCACCUUCCAAACCCAGAAAGCGUCAGUGUACAUUGCUGUGAUUCACAACAUUCCAUAGAUGACUUGCUUUUAACCUUUAUAACAUACUAUGGGUGUUGUUUCUUUUUUUUUUUUUUUCUCAUUUCUUUGUGUUUUCUACAUUCCAUUGCAGCCAUUAAAUGAAAACAGUUACCAUUUUUUUAUUAUUACU